GAUGUGUCAUGUCGGUUAUCAGGUGAGAUAUCUUACAGCAAAGUACAGUAAUGCACAGAAGGAUAUUACAUGCAAGGAAUCUGCUCUUUGAUAGGAUGAGAUGGAAUGACAGACGUCGAAAUGAAGGGCGUGCAAGGUACACAGUUCCACGUGAUGGCCCGCCAUUCGGGCGGUGACGUCCGUUUUGCGGAGGAUUGAAAGAUCGCCAAAUUUAUUUAUCGACGCAUUCUCCCCCGCCAUUGUUCUACAUUUCUCAAUCCAACACAACUUCUCGACAGCAAGUUCUACAGCCAAUUGCUGGUUUCCUAAAAGUCCUUUCACUAUUUUACAACAUGGCUAGUUACUACAUAGAAAAUCCCAAUGUGGGAAACAAGAACGAUACUGAAGAUUGGAGAAUUCGAGGCUACAAUCCACUCACUCCUCCCGACCUUCUUCAACACGAGAUUCCACAAUCUGCAAAGUCGAAAGAGACUGUCAUAAAAGGUCGCAAUGAGGCAGUAGAAGUCGUCACAGGCAGAGAUGUGAACCAACGUCUCCUAGUCGUCAUCGGUCCCUGCUCAAUUCACGAUCCCGCCGCCGCCCUCGAGUACUGCGACAAGCUCCUCGCUCUGAAGGAAAAAUACAAAGAUGAUCUGCUAAUCGUCAUGCGAUCCUACCUUGAGAAGCCACGGACAACUGUUGGAUGGAAAGGUCUAAUCAAUGAUCCUGAUAUCGAUAACUCUUUCAAAAUCAAUAAGGGAUUGAGGACUAGCAGACAAUUGUUCGUGGAUCUGACAGAGAAGGGUAUGCCAUUAGCAAGUGAAAUGCUGGAUACGAUUUCACCCCAGUUCUUGGCAGAUCUGCUGAGUGUAGGAGCUAUCGGUGCUCGUACGACCGAGUCACAAUUACACAGAGAGUUGGCCAGUGGUCUCAGUUUCCCGGUCGGUUUCAAGAAUGGUACAGAUGGUACUCUUGGUGUCUCAAUUGAUGCCAUUGGUGCUGUCAGACACCCACAUCACUUCCUGUCGGUUACCAAGCCUGGUGUUGUAGCUAUUGUUGGUACUGUGGGCAAUGAGGACUGCUUCGUUAUUUUGCGAGGUGGCACCAAGGGCACGAACUAUGAUGCGGAGAGCAUCAAGGAGGCAAAAGCAGCACUGGCCAAGGCUGGUGUUCGAGAGAGACUGAUGGUUGACUGCAGUCAUGGCAACUCGUUGAAGAACCACAAGAAUCAGCCAAAGGUUGCUGCUGUCCUAGCAGAGCAGAUCUCCAAGGGCGAGGAAGCCAUCAUGGGUGUUAUGAUUGAGAGCAAUAUCAAUGAAGGUGCCCAGAAGGUUCCCAAGGAAGGCAAGGCAGGUCUGAAGUACGGUGUCAGUAUCACAGAUGCUUGCAUUGGAUGGGAAGACACCGAGUCGGUCCUUGAGGUGCUCGCAAAAUCAGUUGUUCAGAGACGAGAGCUUUUGAAGUCACAAAAGGUUAAUGGACAUUCAUGAAUAAUAGUGCAAUCUUUUCCAAGGAGUUUCGGGAGUUAUUUCGCAUACCCUCAUGGGUUGGACAACAAAAGUUUUAAUGGGCAUUUAGAAGCUGUACAUAAUUCGCCUUUAGCAACAACAAGUCCCAUCUAUUGUGCUUCCACCUGUCCCAUAAUUAGAGC